CGCACAUGCCUCUUGGUUUUCUUGGCAUUAGUGAUGUUAACUAUCAUCCAGAUAGUCAUCCAGACAGAAAACAUCAGGCCACUACAGGACUUGUUGUGUUUAAAGCUCAGUGAGGAUGAGGGCCGCAAUCUUAUUUCUGUAAACCUCCGGAACAAGAGUAUGGACAGACCGGCAGUGCCUACAACCUGGGAUAUCAUCAGCUCCAACUGCAGUGCCAACCCUAAUUUCAUAUCCCAAGAGUGGUACAUGAAUCUUGAAUCCAAUUUCCAGCAAUUUUUGCUUUACAGGCAUUGUCGAUACUUUCCUAUCCUAAUGAAUCACCCGGAGAAGUGUGCUGGGGACAUUGACUUGUUGAUUGUGAUUAAGUCGGUGAUAACGCAACAUGACCGGAGAGAGGUGAUAAGGCAAACAUGGGGCAAAGAGCAGAUGGUCAACGAGAAAAGGAUCAAAACCAUUUUUCUUCUCGGGGUGUCUUCCAAUCAAGAAGAGGUAGCCAACCAUCAAAAACUUCUGGAAUAUGAGAAUCAAAUUUAUGGGGAUAUCCUCCAGUGGGACUUCAUGGAUAGUUUCUUCAACCUCACCCUAAAGGAGAUUCACUUCUUGAAAUGGUUCUCCAUGUACUGCAGAAAUGCCCGGUACAUCUUCAAAGGAGACGACGACGUGUUUGUCAGCAUUUCCAACAUCUUUGAAUAUCUGGAUGCAAGCAAAGACGUGAAAGACCUCUUGGUCGGUCAUGUUCUCUUUGAUGCCAAGCCCAUUCGCCAAAAGACGAACAAGUAUUACAUUCCUCAUGUCUUGUAUCGAAAGAAAAGCUACCCGCCGUAUGCUGGUGGAGGAGGUUUCCUGAUGGAUGGCCCCCUUGCACGUAAACUUUACAAAGCAUGUGAAACUGUGGAACUUUAUCCCAUCGAUGAUGUGUUUCUUGGGAUGUGUCUAGAAGUGCUUAACGUAACCCCAAUUCAACACAAUGCUUUCAAAACUUUUGGGAUUGUAAGCGAGCAAACUAGUCAAAUGAAUCGGGAUCCGUGCUUUUAUAGGAACUUGAUAUUGGUACAUAAAUUGCUCCCACCCGAUCUAAUCAACAUGUGGAAGAUGGUCAAUAAUAACUCAAUAGAUUGUUCGCUGCAAAUUCAUUUCUUAAAGUCACAAGAUAUGUUUUGGCAUAAGAAAGAAUAUUCAACGAAAAUUUAAAUUAACUCAGAUGUCUGGACAACUUAAUUUAUGUAGCUAAUGAAGAAGCUUGUCAUUCGCAUAGCACGAUGGAUGGACAUUUUUCAACAAACUUGGGAGUUAAAUACAACAUUCUUAAGAAUGGUUUUAUGAAUGCUUAC